AAGGUGGGUGGAGCCAGAAUGAACAAAUUCCUUGUCCAGAUUCUCAGCACUGCAGAUGUGAGGGUGAACAUGUCCUGGAUAUGACUGGCGGCAAGCCUUUCCUCCGUCUCCUCACAGGAUGGACCUGACAGCUUAUGCUGAGCUGUUGAAAGAAUCUGGCAACCAGGUUCUUAAGAAUGGGAACUUCUCUUUGGCCAUCAGAAAGUAUGAUGAAGCCAUCCAGAUUCUCCUGCAGUUAUACCAGUGGGGGGUUCCCCCGAGGGACUUGGCUGUGCUGCUGUGCAACAAAUCCAAUGCGUUUUACAGCCUUGGGAAGUGGAAUGAGGCAUUUGUUGCUGCCAAAGAAUGUCUCCAGUGGGACCCAACUUAUGUGAAGGGAUACUACCGAGCUGGUUAUUCCUUGCUGAGGUUGCUUCAGCCUUAUGAAGCUGCUCGCAUGUUCUUUGAGGGUCUGCGACUUCUGCAGAACAGUCAGGAUCAGACACAGGUUGCUGAUUUUCUUGUUGGAGUCUUCACCACUAUUAGUGGUGACUCCAUUGUUUUGCAAAGUUUCUUGCCCUGCUUUGAUCAUAUUUUCACAAAUGGAUUCUCAACAGAAGUGUGGCAAUCUGUAAUAGAAAAGUUGGCAAAGAAAGGAUUAUGGCAUUCAUUUCUACUUCUGUCAGCAAAAAAAGACCGACUACCAAGAAAUAUCCAUGUCCCAGAGUUAUCACUGAGAAGUCUCUUUGAGAAAUAUGUCUUCAUUGGACUUUAUGAAAAAAUGGAACAUGUUCCUAAGUUAGUCCAGUGGCUCAUCUCCAUUGGUGCAAGUAUCGAGACUAUAGGACCAUACCCUCUUCAUGCCCUCAUGAGACUUUGUAUUCAAGCGAGGGAAAACCAUCUUUUCAAGUGGUUAAUGGACCACAAGCCUGAGUGGAAAGGUCGCAUCAACCAGAAGGAUGAAGAUGGCUGCACUGUCCUACAUAUUGUUGCUGCCCACUCCCCAGGAUACCUCAUUAAGCGACAAACAGAGGAUGUGCAGAUGCUCCUGCGUUUUGGAGCAGAUCCCACUUUGCUGGAUCGACAGUCUCGGUCUGCUGUGGAUGUCCUGAAGAGGAAUAAGAACUUCAAAGCUAUUGAAAAAAUCAACAGUCACUUGGAAAAGCUGGCUACGUGUUCUAAGGACUUAACAGAAAUUCCUCCUGACCUAGUCUGUGACAUUAAUCGAGACUGUGCCAACACCUUCAUUAAGUUCUUACUGGAAAAACAGAAAUGGCCUGAAGUGCUUCUGUUACUGACCCGCAAAGUAAGUGGGGAGCCACCACUUGGAGACUGCCUCAUCCAAGAUUGCAGCUUCUCAGACCUAGACAUCUGUACCAUCAUCCCUCACCUCAGUGCCUGGGACCAGCGGAAGACUCAGCUCCUGGGAUGCCUGAUAGACUGUGGAGCCUUGCCUGAGGGUCUCCAGGAGAGUCAGGAGAGACCACUUGUUAUGUGCCUGAAACACAAGGACUUUGAGUUGGCUUUUCUUCUCCUGACCAAGGGUGCAGACCCCCGUGGUAUUUCUCUCACAGAAGGUGAUACUCCUUUGCAUGCAGCACUCCAUAUCUUUCUAGAUAUUAAAGCUGACAUCGGUUUUAGCUUUCUCAGUCAUCUGUUGGAUCUGUUCUGGUCCAACCCCACUGAAUUUGACUACCUCAACCCCAACAUCCAGGAUAGCAAUGGAAAUACUCUGAUGCACAUCAUCUUUCAGAAAGGCAUGCUAAGACGCAUGAAGAAGCUGAUAGACCUGCUGGUAAAGUUUGACAUCAAUUUCAACCUGAAGAACAAAGAAGGCAAAGAUGCCCGACACCGGAUUAAGAAAACUGACUCUCUGCUUUUGGCCUGGAACAAAGCUCUGACAGAGAAUAGGCGGAGAAGUCGGCAGGACUCUGCCGCCCACCCAGGGAAACCCCCAAGGUCUGCUGCCUCUGGUCAUACAUCUCAGCUCAAAUCUCAGAGUUCAUUCAAGUCACUGCCUUGCAGCACCACUGCCAGAAGUUUGUGUGAAGGAAGUGCAGUCCCUGAUAGCUGGGAGACUCUUCCAGAUGCCCAGGUGACCAGGCAGGAGUCCAGGGUCAUCAGACCACGCUCUCUGAGAGAGCGCCUAGUGCAGGACAUCACAGUUUUGAUUCAGCAGGUUGAAGUGGAUAAAUCUCUCCCAGAGGACUGUCCCCAGAGCUCUGAGCCCCAAGAGGCAGUAGUUGGCACAGAAGGAAAGAAAGAUGAGCUCCAGCAAACCUUGGGUGCUGGAGGCUCUGACUGUGGUGGGAAAAAGCCUGCCAUCCCUGAGGCAGGAGAAAGACAUGCUCAGGCUGGCAUUAGGGCCUCACAACUUGCUCCUCCUGGUGACAGAGGGAAGGAGGGCAGCAAUGAUGAGGAUGACUGGAGCAUGCAGGAGAUUGAGGCUUGCCUCCAGGACUUUGACAGUAUGACCUGGGAGAUUGAGUGUACUUCAGAAAUGCUGAAGAAGCUGUCUAGUAAGGUAAUGACCAAGGUCAUAAAGAAGAAAAUUAUCCUUGCCAUUCAGCAGCUAGGGAAUGGUGAGUGGACCCAGGGCCUACAGAAACGAUUGAAGCACCUAAAAGGAAACAUCCAGCUUUUUGAAGCUAAGCUGGACAAAGGAGCACGGAUGCUAUGGGAACUUGCCAUUGACUUCUCACCUCGCUGCAGUGAGAACCCAGAGAAAAUCAUCAACACAGAGUGGAACACAUACUCCAUGGAGAAGUCAGGCCGAGUCUACACAGAAAUCAUCCGGAUUUGGGACAUUGUUUUAGAUCAUUGCAAACUGGCAGAUUCCAUCAAGGCCAUUUGCAGUGCCUAUAACCGGGGCUUGUCCUGUGUCCUGAGGAAGAAGCUGAAAGGUAUCAACAAAGGCCAGGUAUCAGCUAAUAUGAAAAUCCAAAAGCGUAUACCCCGCUGCUAUGUGGAGGACACAGAGGCAGAGAAGAGCAUGGAGCACGUUGAUCCCGAGUACUUUCCUCCGGCCAGUGCCGUGGAGACAGAAUAUAACAUCAUGAAGUUCCACAGCUUCAGCACCAAUAUGGCCUUCAAUAUUCUCAAUGACAUGACAGCGACAGUGGAGUACCCCUUCCGGGUGGGUGAGCUAGAGUAUGCAGUGAUCGACCUCAAUCCCAGGCCGUUAGAGCCCAUCAUCCUCAUUGGGCGGAGUGGCACUGGCAAGACAACCUGUUGUCUAUACCGGUUGUGGAAAAAAUUCCAUGCUUACUGGGAAAAGGCUGAGCAGGCAGGAAGCCCAUUACUGGCCAAACAGAUAUGGCCAAAGAGAAGGUUGGAAGUGGAACCUGGAAAAGAGGGUCCAAGUGGGGAGGAGGAAAAGGAGAAGGAACAAGAUGAGGAAGAGGAAGUUUCCACUGAAGUAGAAACAGUAGACAGCAUAGAUGAGGAGCAGGAGAAUGAAGCUUGUGCGGGGGGAGCUGGGGUGGAGCCAGUGAGGGUCAGCCAAGCAGCAGAACUAUGUGCACCAGGACAUCCCCACCAGCUGGAGCAUUUACGUCAGAUCUUUGUGACCAAGAAUCACGUCUUGUGCCAGGAGGUACAAAGGAAUUUCAUUGAGCUUUCCAAAUCUACUAAGGCAACAAGUCACUAUAAACCACUAGAACCAAACAUUCACAAACUCCAGGACCUAAAGGAUGAGAACUUUCCUCUAUUUGUCACUUCCAAACAGCUGCUUCUCCUGCUUGAUGCUUCUCUGCCAAAACCAUUUUUUCUGAGAAAUGAAGAUGGGAGCUUGAAAAGAUCCAUCGUAGGAUGGUCCACACAGGAAGAGUUGACUGUCCCCAACUGGCAAGAGGAUGAGGAGGAGGCUGAGGUGGAUGGGGACUGUAGUGAAGAAGAUAAAGCUGCAGAAAUGCAUGCAGGUGACAGUGACCCCCGGGUAUAUGUGACAUUUGAGGUGUUUACCAAUGAAAUAUGGCCCAAAAUGAUCAAAGGGAAGACCUCCUACAACCCUGCACUGAUUUGGAAAGAAAUAAAAUCUUUUUUGAAGGGUUCUUUUGAGGCCCUCAGCUGUCCCCAUGGGAGACUCACUGAAGAAGCAUAUAAGAAAUUAGGGAGGAAACGCUCUCCCAAUUUCAAGGAAGACCGAAGUGAAAUAUAUAGCCUGUUUUGUGUAUAUCAGCAAAUCAGGUCCCAGAAAGGUUAUUUUGAUGAAGAAGAUGUUCUGUACAACCUAUCCUGGAGGCUGUCGAAGCUCAGGGUACUCCCAUGGUCCAUCCAUGAGCUCUAUGGUGAUGAGAUUCAGGACUUCACCCAAGCUGAACUAGCACUGCUGAUGAAAUGCAUCAAUGACCCCAAUGCAAUGUUCCUCACUGGGGACACAGCUCAGAGCAUCAUGAAGGGUGUGGCCUUCCGUUUCAGUGAUCUGCGCUCUCUGUUUCAUUACGCAAGCAGAAAUAGCAUAGAUAAGCAAUAUGCUGUUCGAAAGCCCAAGAAGAUACACCAGCUGUACCAGAAUUACAGGUCCCACUCAGGUAGGUCCAGGCUUUGGACUUGCCUACUUGGGGAUAUUUGGGCACACACCUUGGACUACUUUGUAAUCCUUGUAGCCAAUGAGACAGCAAAAGAAAAUAUUCCAGAAGAGUUAGGAUUAGCACUUGUGCUAACAGUUUAUGAAGCAAAAGGAUUAGAAUUUGAUGAUGUCCUCCUUUACAACUUUUUUACUGAUUCUGAGGCUUACAAGGAAUGGAAGAUCAUUUCCUCAUUUACACCUUCAUCUGACUCCAGAGAGGAAAACCGGCCAUUGGUUGAAGUGCCCCUGGAGAAGCUGAGCUCUUCUCAAAGUCGGUCUCUCAUGGUGAAUCCAGAAAUGUACAAGCUCCUCAAUGGAGAGCUGAAGCAGCUGUAUACUGCCAUAACAAGGGCUCGUGUCAACCUCUGGAUUUUUGAUGAAAACAGAGAGAAACGAGCUCCUGCAUUCAAAUAUUUCAUUGGAAGAGAUUUUGUUCAGGUUGUGAAGACAGAUGAAAAUAAAGACUUCGAUGACAGCAUGUUUGUUAAGACCUCAACUCCUGAGGAGUGGAUUGCACAAGGAGAAUACUAUGCCAAGCACCAGUGCUGGAAGGUUGCAGCCAAGUGUUACCAGAAAGGAGGUGCAUUUGAGAAGGAGAAGUUGGCCCUGGCCCACCACACUGCCCUGAAUAUGAAAUCCAAGAAAGUCAGCCCCAAGGAAAAGGAGUUAGAGUAUUUGGAACUGGCAAAAACCUAUUUGGAGUGCAAUGAGCCAAAGCUGUCCCUUAAGUGUCUGAGCUAUGCCAAGGAGUUCCAGCUGUCUGCCCAGCUAUGUGAGAGGCUGGGGAAGAUAAGAGAUGCUGCCUAUUUCUAUAAGCGAAGCCAGUGCUACAAAGAUGCUUCCAGAUGCUUUGAGCAGAUUCAAGAAUUUGAUCUGGCACUCAAAAUGUACUGCCAAGAAGAGCUUUUUGAAGAAGCCGCUAUUGCAGUGGAAAAGUAUGAAGAAAUACUAAAGACCAAAGCUCUUCCCAUUUCUAAGCUCUCUUAUUCUGCCAGUCAAUUUUACUUAGAAGCCGCAGCAAAGUACCUGAGUGCAAAUAAGAUAAAAGAAAUGAUGGCUGUCCUCUCAAAGCUAGACAUAGAUGACCAGCUAGUGUUCCUAAAGUCUCGGAAAUGCCUAGCAGAAGCCGCAGACUUGCUAAACAGGGAAGGUCGGAGGGAAGAGGCUGCUCUGCUGAUGAAGCAACAUGGCUGCCUCCUGGAGGCUGCUAGGCUUACUGCUGACAAGGACUUUCAGGCCUCGUGUCUGCUGGGGGCUGCCCGCCUCAAUGUAGCCAGGGAUUCUGAUGUGGAACAUACCAAGGCCAUUCUGAAAGAAGCACUUGACCUCUGCUAUCAAACCAGCCAGUUGUCUGGUAUUGCAGAGGCCCAAUUCCUUCAGGGAGUAAUCCUGAGAGACUUUCAGAAACUCAAAGAUGCCUUUUUCAAAUUCGACACCCUCAAUCACUCAGCUGGAGUGGUGGAAGCACUCUAUGAAGCAGCUACCCAGUGUGAGGCUGAGCCUGAGAAGGUUCUGGUCUUGGCUCCAGGGGGCUUGGAUGUCCUUCUCAAUCUGGUCAGGGCCCUAAAAAGAGUGACUAACAAUGCUGAGAAAGAAAUGGUCAAAUCUUGCUUUGAGUUUUUUGGGAUUUCCCAGGUGGAUGCCAAGUAUUGCCAGAUAGCUCAAAAUGACCCUGGGCCCAUAUUAAGAAUAAUUUUUGACCUGGAUUUAAACUUGAGGGAGAAGAAAACAAAAGAUCAUUUCUUGAUAACCACUGACCAGGUGAAAUUAGCCCUAAAUAAACAUCUUUUAAGCAGGCUGUGUCAGAUUACACAGAACUUGCUUGGAAAGACUUACCCAGCAGUCUGCACAAGGUUUCUUGUAGGCUUAAAAUGUGAAGAAGAAAACUGUGAAGCUUUUCACAGGCCUCUGCGGCGUUGUGAGGCUAAGUGUUUGGUUCAGUCAAAAAUGCACCUUGUGGCAAUCAACGGAUUGCUUCUAGAAGCCAAAAAAGUAUUCCCUAAAAUUUUAGCUGAAGAGCUUGAAGAAAUUGACUAUAUUUUGUCUACGCAUAGGUAUGACAUUUGCAAAUCCUUCCUGAAUGUUCUCUUCCCUAAGCAUUUCCAUCAGAGAGUGUUGUCAGAAAACCCCAUGGCAUGCAAAGAAAUCCUCAAACCAAAUUACAAAUCCUUCCGGUUCUAUAGGUUUGCUUUGAAAGAGUAUGUCUACUUUCUGUUUCAAAAUGAAAGAGCACGCAGCCGCCGGGAAUCCACAGACCUGUGGCUCAGUGCCAUGCAAGCUUUCCUUCUUUCCUCCAACUACCCAGAGGAAUUCGAAAAGCUACUUCACCAAGAAGAGGACAGUUACAACCGGGAGCUCAAAGCUUUAGAGUCUGAUAAAGAAGAAAGGGGCAGGGAUAGAGACAGCAGGAUGAAAGGAAUAGAAGGGAAAUAUGGUAUGCUCAUACCCAACAAGGAUGAUGAAAGCACAGAGAAGACCCACCUGUGUUUCAUCCGGCUGCUGGAGAAUUGCAUCGACCAGUUCUAUGUGUACAGAAACCCAGAAGACUACAAGAGGCUCUUUUUCCGUUUCAUGAAUGUUCUUGUCAAGAGGUGCAAAGAACCGCUCAUCCCCAGCAUUGGAAACACAGUGGCCCUGUUGGAGUUCCAGUUCAUCCACUGUGGGGUAGUGCUGGCCCGCCUCUGGAAGAAUGCCAUCCUGUGCCUCCCCAAGAGUUACAUUGCGCUCUUGCACUACUGGGAGUUCCUAUUUAGCAAGAAGGACAAGGACUUUGGGGAUGUGUUCUCCGUCAUUCAGGAAUACAAACCAAAGGAUGUGACAAGAGCCAUUCAGGAUUUCCGGUUCCACCUCUCCUAUCUCGUCAAGGUGCUAUGUGGUUAUGAGAAUAUGCACUUCAAUGUCCUACUCGAUGCCUUCAGUGAGAUAGACUGUGUGGUCUCAGGUGAGGCAGAGCGGACAGUGGUGCUGUGCUUGGUGAUGCUAGUGAAUGCUGAGUUCCUGCGGCCAUCCUGCAAGCCUCUCCUAUACCGCCAUUUUCAGGAGAUUGAGAUGAGGCUGGAGCUCAUGAACAUGGACUUCCCGGACCAAGUUCCCGAGAGGCUCCUAAAGGUGGUGAGGCGGGUGUUGAUGGCAGUCAACGUGAAGUCUGUGGCUGAGGCACUGCAGGACCUGCUCUUUGAGCGGGAUGAAGAGUACCUGAUGGACUGCCACUGGCGAUGGGACAGCGUGCAAACCAAAGGAUCCAUAGUCCGUGGCCUCUAUCAUGAGGAGGUUAGAUUAAAUCGCUUGCUGUGUGUGGAUCCUGUGGACUACUUAGCUGAACCCGAGUGUGAGUUUGGUCAAGAUGAGACAGAUGAGCUGGCAUUAGAAGACCGAGACCACCUCCUGGCCACCAUCCUUUCCCAGAAGCAGCGGAAGGCUUCCAUCCAGCGGAAAUUGAAGAGGGCAUGUCUGGUGGUGUCUCUGUGCAUUAGCUGGAGGAGAAGGGUGGGCACCCAGAUGGAGCUCAUCAGGGAGGAGGCCAGGGAACCCAGGGCUGGGAACUUUAAAAGGGCUGAUGUGGAUAGGACUCAGUGCGACCUGUGUGGGGUGAAGUUCACCCGCAGCCCUGAGAACUAUUUUAGCCCCAGCAAAGCAUUUGAAGGAGUGGCUUCAGAGGGUGUGGUCCUUUCCAGGUCUGAACUGGAAGGGAAAGAGUGUCGGGAGAGGAACAGUGAGUCAUAUGAGCAGCAUAUCCAUCUAGAAGGCCACCGGAGGCAGCAAGUGGCCUACCAGAAAUAUUCAGAAUUUUUCCUUGAGAAGGUAGACCCAGCCAUUGAAGAAGGAAAAUUGGUGGUGCAGGACAUCGAACAGAGUGUGUGGAUCCACAGUCACCUGGGCUCUAAAGAGCACAGCCACAUGUUGCAAAGGAAGGUCCAGGAGCACAUCAAAAGGGUCUCCGAUAUGGUAGAGGAUCGCUAUAGGCGGAAGGCCUGGGCUGGUGCGGAAGAGGCGAUGACUUUGCUAGUCAACAUUCUGAUUCUGUCUGUGAGAGAUGCGCGGGAGUGGCUGAUGAAAACAGAACUCUGCUUAAAGGAGGAAGGUAUUGUUCAGGAAGAUGAUUAUGAAGAUGAAGUUGAAGACUUUGGUGAGCUCCGUCCUAGAAGGCGUUCACGGAAAUGUGGAAAACAGAGAAAAUACUAACAUCCAGGACAUGACACAGCUGCUGCCUGUUAUACCUUCAGACUAUUCCAUCCUGACUUAGAAUUCUGAGUGCUGGCUUAGAAGAGAAAAAGAAUGUGAAUUAGUGUUACAAAAAUGAGUAGGGGAGUCCAACAAAGCCUUGCUUUUUGUUCUUUUCAUUUGGCUUUCAAUGGUAGCUUAGAGUCUGAUUGCUCCCUCAACUACAGGGACCUCUUAAGUGUUUUCCAAGUAAAGUCUAAUAGUAUUAGUUCCUCCUGCAAAACAUGUGUAGGUUAGAGGAGUUGUAGUUGACUGUUGGGACUUCUCAUUUCAGAGUCCCCGGGCUUUCUGGCUCAUCCUCAAACUGACAUAAGUCAGUAGCAGGGGCCUAGGUGUUUAAGACAGAGACAUCCCUCAGCUCACAGUUACUGCUUCUCUGGGCCAGGAAAUCCCUCUGUGGACCCCUCAUCUCCUACCACACUGCUGCAGCAUUAAGUAAUAAAGGAGCUGUGUGUGCUUGGGGUUUAUGUGAGCCCUGAUAACAGGGAAACCCCUGAUACCAGGCUGCAUCUGGUUAUCUCUACAUUUGUAAUGUAGUUGUUUCCAUUAUGAAUGUUAACCAUUUCUCCCUGUGGCAACUUUUCUGCCUUCUCUUCCUCCGUUUUUUGUGACCAUUCUUAGCAACCUGUGCAAGUCACAGUUAGAUGACCUCAGAAUGUAGUCAAGAAUUUGCUCAGCAUCCUUUGGAUGUCCUUUCUCUAGAGAGAAAUGCUGGGGAAUGUUGCUGGGGGCAUUCCCAGCAUGCCUCUCCAAGGUGGUCCUAACUCUGCCUUGGCUAUGGUGCAGAUAUCCCGCAAAGUAUUUUGUGUGUAGCCUUAUAUGUCUGGUUUUCUUGUUUUUUUCUGGCAAGUUUGCCACCAGAGCUUAGAUGGACAUUCUGACGAGUUUCUGCCCAUUGAGCUCAUCAUGGUAGGAUUAUUACCAGCAGAGCUACAGGUUAGUUAAAAGCAAAUGGACAGAGGAGGAAGCCACCCUUAUAGUGCCAAUCCUUUAGGAUUUGGCUGUGAAUCACUGCCACAUGGCUGGCUUAGUGGGUAGAGGCCAGGCUGUGGGCCUUUCUGUAGGAGGCCAUUGCUUGUGCCUGCCACCAUUGAGCUAGCCGCCCUCAGUGUGGUCCUACUUGGGAAGCUCUCUUGCUUCUCUAGAGUCACUGCCCACCCGUACCCCACCCCUUCACUCAGCCUGGUGUAAAAGGCCAGAUUCAUGCUGGUCUUUGAUUGUUUUGUCCUCACAACAGAACCACCUCUUUUUUCCCCACAUUGCUCCUGCUUUUGCUGCUUAUUGUUUUCAUUGUCUUUCUGAAUGACUCUGUUCCCUUAAAAUGUUUGUUUCUGAUUUUUAUUAGGUUAUGUUUAUAAUUUUUAUUUCAGGUUUUUUUUAUGAACUUUACUUGAUAGAACAAACAAAACUACAAUCAAAUCUUGCUGUAUUAUUACAUUUUUAUAAAGUUAAAUCAUUUCUCUUA